AAAUCGCUCUUCCAAUGAUUCGGCUCUCAUAAAACCCUGCUCGAAUUCAAGGCCUAGGGUUUAAGCUCGACUGUGAAAGAAGCGAAGAGAGAGCCAACAAAGGUUGUCGACAUGGCUUUUCUUGGUAAAGUUGGAAAGAUAUUUAGCAAGAGUUCUGUAUCAUUGAUCCGUUCGGAUUUGCAACCUUCCAAACUGUCUAUCUUUCAAAGUAUUAGAUUAAUGUCAAGUUCGAAAGUUUUUGUUGGAGGCCUUUCCUAUGGUACUGAUGACCAGAGUCUGAAGGAAGCGUUCGACAAGUAUGGGGAAGUAGUUGAAGCGAGAGUGAUAACGGAUCGUGAUACUGGUAGAUCCAGAGGUUUUGGGUUUGUUACCUUCACCGCUAACGAGGAGGCUUCCAGUGCUAUUCAAGCGCUGGAUGGACAGGAUCUCCAUGGCCGUAACAUUAGAGUGAACUUCGCGACUGAAAGGUCUCGUGGUGGUGGUGGUUUUGACGGAGGCAGUUCCGGCUAUAAUCGCUCCAGUUCAUACCAGGGAGGAGGAGGUGGUUACAAUGACUGAUGACUUUGCCCGAAAGGGACUGAGGGGAGAAACUGCUUGAUUCAUUUGGAAACAAAUUGCUCCUAGUUGUCUUAUGUCGUCUCCUUGUAUCGCCGAAUUAUAAGCCUUAGCGUUGUUUUUUUUUUCUUUUUUUUUUCCCCGUUUUUUUAAGCUUUAUAAGAAUGUCGUUCGUCAGUUUUGACGUUUUAAAUGGAGAACUAGUCGUAAUUCAAACCCCAAGUUUUGUUGGUUGAAUUUACUCUUAUCUAAUCUGGGAUUGGAAGUGAA